AUGGCUGUUAGUGAGGACGGAAGUGUGCUUGCGACCGGUGGUGAGGACAAGACGGCGUGUUUGUGGAGUACAAAAACGGAGGAGUGCGAAUGCAUUGGGAUUUUACAAGGGCAUGAUGACUAUAUUACAUGUAUUUUAAUAGAAGAUUGCUUCGUGUUGACCGGAUGUGCAGACAAGACUGUCCGGAAGUGGGACGUAGGCACUUGCGAGUGCGUGUUAGUGUUAAAAGGACACACAUCCGUUAUAUAUAGAAUGAUUUGUACGGGAGACUUCAUCUUUACUAGUUCUUACGACAGAACAGGCCGUUGUUGGGAUUUCGAUAAUGGAGAGUGC